ACCCCGCGGCUACACCUGAACCCCAGCAUUGGCAGCCUUCAUGCCUGGUAUACCGUUGGACCCUUGAAUACAAACAUCUUUGCAACGUCAAUGAGCUAUUUUCGUCUUGAUGACUCGUUCUGAACAGUAAUAACAUUUUCAGAGUUAGAUUUAUGGACCGUGAUACCCAACUCCAAUCAUCAGCGACAUAAUCAAGGAGGAGCAUAGUCUUACAAGGUAGCUAGCCAAGAUAUUUCGAGGCUAACUCCGCUACAAGUCUGUCUUGGCAGUGGCACUUUUGCUUGAUACUAUUCACCCACUAUCACUUUCCUUACUUGGACACCUCGGCCGCCGUGACGGUUUAGGAAGCUGAAUAGUCUCUAUCCAAACUCAACGCUAUCACGCAAGACUUGGUGUUGAUGAUAUGGAUGAUUGGAUCUAAUCGUAUUAUCAAUCAACUUAAAGUGUAUUCAUGCUGAUCUGUGUAUAAAUACACUUGGAGAUCACCACGAUAAUCAGCUUUACUAUCCCCAUCCACACAGCCUCAUCUCCUCUUGUAUCUCUCUGUUCAUCAUGACUAGCAUCCGCCGCCUCGCUCUGGCUCUUGGAGCUCUGCUCCCCGCAGUCCUCGCUGCUCCUGCCGAUAUCCUCUCCAAGCGACAGGCUGUUCCCGACAAGUACAUCAUCACCCUCAAGCCCGACGCCUCUGACUCCUCUGUUGCGGCUCACUUGAACUGGGUUGGUGAUGUCCACCGCCGCAGCCUCAACAAGCGUGACACUUCUGGUGUUGAGAAGACUUUCAACAUCAGCAGCUGGAGCGCUUACUCUGGCGAGUUCGACAAGUCCACCAUUGCUGAGAUCAAGAAGAGCCCUGAGGUUGCCUUCGUUGAGCCUGACUACACUAUGUACCUCAGCUACGAGGAGUCGGAGCCCGAGCUUGCUGACCGUGCUCUGACCACCCAGUCUGGUGCCCCAUGGGGUCUCGGUACGAUCUCUCACCGAACCUCCGGCUCAACCAGCUACAUCUACGACACCACUGCCGGCCAAGGCUCUUACGCCUACGUCGUUGACAGCGGUGUCCAGGUCAGCCACACCAACUUCGGUGGCCGUGCUUCUCUUGGUUACAACGCUGUUGGUGGUGCUCAUGAGGAUACCCUCGGUCACGGUACUCACGUUGCCGGUACCAUCGCUGGUACUACCUAUGGUGUCGCCAAGCGGGCCAACAUCAUCUCUGUCAAGGUCUUCGCUGGCCGUGAGGGAUCUACCUCCACCAUUCUUGCUGGUUUCAACUGGGCUGUCAACGACAUCACCUCCAAGAGCCGUGCUGGUCGCUCUGUUAUCAACCUGUCUCUUGGCGGUCCCGCUUCUCAGACCUGGACCUCUGCCAUCAACGCUGCCUACAACUCUGGUGUCCUCUCUGUUGUUGCUGCCGGUAACGGUGAUGACGCCGGCCGACCUCUUCCCGUCUCUGGCCAGUCUCCUGCCAACGCUCCCAACGCUCUGACCGUUGCUGCCAUCGACUCCAGCUGGCGCCCUGCUUCUUUCACCAACUACGGUGCUGGUGUCGACGUCUUCGGCCCUGGUGUCAACAUCCUCUCCACCUGGAUCGGCUCCAACUCUGCUACCAACACCAUCAGCGGUACCUCCAUGGCCUGCCCUCACGUUGCCGGUCUUGCUCUGUACCUCCAGGUCCUUGAGGGUCUCUCCACCCCCGCCUCUGUUACCAACCGUAUUAAGUCUCUCGCCACUACUGGCAGAAUCACUGGUACUCUCAGCGGCUCUCCCAACAGCGUUGCUUACAAUGGUAACGGUGCUUAAAUGUGAUGGGAUCAUCCCAGAGGAUAUGGAUAGAAUAUAUCAAUAGUGUAAAAUCAAUACUACCGAUAUUUUAAGGUUACCUCUUAAUAGACCCCCUUGAAUACGCAUUUAGUUUGGCCCAGGCUUAUCAUCAUAAGCUUAGGUAAAAUCAUGACUAGUAUGAACUAAAAUGUAUAACUUAUCAUCAUAAUUUUAGGUAAGUUUGUAAUAAUAUACUCUAAUAUACACAACU